GAAGAGAGAAAAAUGGAGAAUGUUCAAAACAAAAGAAGAGAAAUGGCUGUGAGUGAGACAAGUUUCGAAGAACUUCCUUUAGAUAUACAAACGGAGAUACUGUCACGUUUGCCUCUGAAAACCUUGGUGAAAUGCAUCUGCACCUCAAAGAAAUGGGCUUCUCUUAUCCGCACAAAAGAAUUCAUAAAGCUUUCCUUGAGCCGAUCGACGACAAAGCCUCGAUUGUUCUUCGUGGUCUAUCAAUAUCAAAGAACCACGGCGUACAAAGUGUGGACAUCCAGACCCAUAAGUGAGGUGUUGUUUCAGUCUGCUUAUCAAGAAGAGGAACCAUUGUUGUCUUCUGGUGAGCAACAAGUGCUUCUUUCUCCAGACCCAGGACACGUGGCUUCUUCACCCGUCCGAGGUUUGAUAUGCCUUCGUUUAAACACAGAGUUUAUGAUUUUCAAUCCGGGUACGAACAAACGUAAGCAUGUAGCUGAGAUCCCACUGCCUAACAAAAGCGCACCCCUAAUGUUUUUCUUCGGAUACGAUGAACUCACGGAUGUGUACAAGGUGUUAUGCAUAGCAGAAGUAACCAAGGAAGAACAACAUGUUUUCACGAUAGGAACGAACGAAGCAUCUUGGAGACGGAUCCAAUGUGAGCAUCAGCAUUCUCCAACUCCUACUGCGCAAGGACUAUGCAAAGAAGGAGUUUUGUACUAUCGAGCUAGGUCCAGUACUGGCAGAGGUCUGGUAAUGAUGUUCAACCUGAGGUCUGAAGAGUUUAGUGUCAUUGAGUUACAUGCGGACAUGAACAUUGAGGAUGGUUGGGAUGUGUCGGAUUGCAUGGAUGAUCGUGGUUGGGAACUGGUGAAUUACAAUGGUGCGGUUGCCUUAGUGAAUGACUAUCAAUUUUUAGAUUUGUUUUCGUACGAGUGGAAUUGGAAUAAAUUCUUUAGCAUAUGGGUUAGAAAUGAAGUCGCAGGAACCUGGUCAAUGAACUGCAUUGAGAUCCCUCUUUUUAGAAAAGUAGUUGAUGAGCCUAAGCUGUAUUUUUUCAGAGGUACCACCAGAACAGGAAAACUUGUUUUCUCAAUGAAGCGCUAUUCGUGCAAGAAUGAUGGCGAAAUUGAAAGGACUUAGAGACAGCAGAGAGGGUUUGUGAAAAACUGAUUCUUUUCUUCCUUCAUCUCUUAGGUUUUUACAAGUUCUUUUAUAUACAAAUAUGGAACAAUCUAGAAUUCUAUGAAAAGCAACCUUAUCUUUAAUCACGAGCUGUCAUUGAUGAGUCACCAGUAAUUGAAGGUUCUAGAGGUUUGAAUUUGUCAUGGAGAGGAACCAGUGUCGUCUUCUCCGUACAGACCUUACUCUGUUUCGACGACCAUUGAGCGUUUGUCUCUUUGUGUGGAAUCAAACAGGAUGAUUGGGCUUGGGCUUGGACUUGGGCUUUGUGAGGGUCUACUGGAUUCUCCUCUACACUCUCCCUCAAACUUGGGGUGGAAGCAGCGAAUGGAGCUGAAACACCAAGUUUGCCGCGAAGAUCCAAAAAGACGGUCGUGGCAAUGGCUUGGUGAGAAUGUCAGCGAGCUGAAGAGUUGCUGGGAUGUGAUGUGUUUCGAUUAGCCCCAAGGCUACUCGUUCUCUGAUGUAGUGAAAGUCCUUGUCGAAGUGUUUUGUUCGGUUGUGCAGAGCUGGAGUAGCAGAGAGGUAUACUGCAGACAAAUUGUCACAGAAGACUCUAGUGGGGUGAUACUAGGUAAUACCGAGGUCACGCAGCAGAGAGGAGAUCUAGACUAGGAGACUAGGGUGGAUCCCAGUAGAAUGCAGAAACCAGUUGUUGACCUUCUUGUGUCUUUGCAUCCAGCAUAAUCGCUAUCACAGAAGGCGGACAGAGAGGGGUGGUUGUGCUUUUGUAUUGGCAUACCAAGGUUGAGAAUACCUUUUAUAUAUCGGAGUAUCCUUUUGAGUAAUGUGAAGUCCGAAUUUGUUGGAGCAUGGAUUCUCUGACAAAUAAAGUUCACCGCAUAUUGGAGGUCUGGUCUGGUGAUUGUCAAGUAUUGGAGCUUCCCUGCUAGGCUACGAAAGUACGUUGGUUCAGCAAACGGAGUGACAUCAAGCUUCUCAAUUUGUUGCGGUAGAGGGGUCGGCAUUGGAUUGCAGUCUGUCAUGCCAGCCUGAUGGAGAAUGUCUGAAGCAUAGGCCUUUUGAUGUAGAAACAACCCAUUCUUGUAGGCUUCAAACUCUAUUCCAAGAAAGUAACUGGGGGGGGGGGCCUAGAUCCUUCAUGUCAAACCGAUUGUUCAGAGCUUUGAGGAGUGUCGCCAGUAGAUUACAAUCAUUGCCAGUAAGCAGAAUGUCAUCAACGUAUAGGAGGGGCACUAACGUCUUAUUGUUUUGGUUGCAGACGAACAGUGACGGAUCAGAGGUGUUGCACUCAAAGCCAAAAUCAAUUAGAAAGUUGCUGAAAGUGUCAAACCAUGCCCUUGGUGCUUGUUUCAGUCCAUAUAGAGCUUUUGUAAGACAACAGACAUGAUCUGGUUUCUCUGGAUUAAUGAAUCCAGACGGUUGAUACAUGUAGACUAGCUCUUGUAGCUCACCAUGAAGGAACGCGUUGGAGACGUCUAGCUGCUUGAUAGGCCAGUCGUUGUUGACUGCAGUAUCUAAGACUAGCCUUAUUGUUGUUGUCCGAACAAUUGGACUGAAUGUCUCAAGAUAAUCAAGACCUUCCUCUUGAUCAAAUCAUUUGCCAACAAGCCUAGCUUUUAGCUUGUGUACAGUUCCAUUAGGUUUUUGCUUCGUUUUGAAUACCCAUUUGGAUGACAAUAUGUGUGGAGCAUGUGUAUGCAUCAUAUCUUCAGUGGGAGGAACCAAAGUCCAUGUGUGGAGCAUGUGUAUGCGUCAUAUCUCAUCCACUAUUGCUCCGUUCCACCCUGGAUGUUUCAUUGCUGAUACAAUGCUCUUUGGUUCGUCAGUAGUGAAUUUGGAUGCAAGUAAAAUGUACCUUGGAUUUGGUUUUUGGAUACCGUCCUUUCGCCGUGUUGUCAUAUGAUGCGUAUUGUCUGGCAGGAUUGGAUCAGGUACUACUGCUUCAUUAUCACUGAUGUCAGAGUCGGACUCGGAUUCAUGAGUCAAAUUCUCAUACUCAGGUGUGGGUGUUAUCUGUUCUGCAGCUUGAAUAGGUGAAGGUUCGAGAGCUGGUUUCAGAAGAAGUUGUACAGCAGGUGUGUCUUCUGGUGUGAUUAAUGGUUAUGAGGCUUUCCAAGCUUGUAGCAGCGGUGUCUGGUACGGUGGAGACAGAUGUUUAAACUUGUCAUUGAACGGAAAAAUGUUUUCAUCAAAGAUAACAUGACGAGUGAUGUAAACCUUUCCCGUUGGAAGAUAUAAACAACGAUAACCCUUGUAUUGAUUGCAAUAUCCCAUAAACACACAUUGUAAGGACCUUGGAUCAAACUUUGUUUCUGCCAAUGGUCUUAGAAAUGGGUAGCAAGCAGAGCCAAAAACUCUGUGGAAGGAGUAAUCUACCUUUUGUUAGAGAAGCACUUCAUGAGGACUGAAGUUGUUGAGUACUGAUGAUGGGACAAGAUUUAUAAGAUAGUUGGCAGUGAAAAAAGCUUCUAACCAGUAUCUGAGAGGGAUGUGACUGUGAAAUAACAUAGAUAAGCCAAGCUCCACCAGAUGUAUAUGCUUUCUCUCUGCAACUCCAUUCUGUUGAGGAGUGUAGGGGUAGGAUAUCUGAUGUUUAAUCCCAUGUUCUGCCAAGUGAGCUCUCAACGCAUUGCUUGUAAACUCUGCCCCACCAUCACUUUGAAACACCUUUAUUUUAGUAUUGUAUUGAUUCUCAACAAGCUUUUGAAAUGCAGUAAAGACAGAUAGAAAUUCUGAUUUCAAACGCAGGGGAUAGAACCAAGAGAAGCGAGAGUGAUCAUCAACAAAAACUGCAUAAAAUUUGAAUCCUUGGUUCGAUACAAUAGGUGAAGGACCCCAAAGAUCACAAUGGAUUCGAUCUAGGGGGCUUAAAGCUCUAGAAUCAGAAGAAAAAAACUGCAACUUAGUACUCUUCCCCAUCUGGCAAGGCUCACAAACAGGGGACAUUCUGCUCUUAUUGACUUCUAUCUCCUUGCUGCUCUGAAGGUGUUGUAGAAUCUUGGAGUUGGAGUGUCCUAAUCUACAAUGCCAAGUAUCCAAAUCAGCUCCACAUUGGCGGUUUGAGUAUAACGCUACACACUCCUGAUUCUGCAACACAUAAAGGGCUUCCUUACGAGGACCCUUUGCCACCACUUUUUGAGUGGUCAAAUCGAUUAUAUAAACCUUGUUAGAGUCAAAGAACACACCACACGGGUAAUCAUCACAGAAUUUGGACACUGACAGAAGAGGUUUUUUCAUAUCAGGACACACUAACACCUCAUUGAGUGGAAUGGUACCUUUAGUGGUGGAGAUAACAGUGGAACCGAUAUGUGUGAUAGGCAGGUAGGCACCAUCUCCAACCAUCACAGCAUUGUUUCGCUCAUAUGGUGUUGAUUCCUGAAGACCAGAGGUUGAUGUGGUGACAUGAGCAGUAGCACCAGAGUCUGGAUGCCAUUCUCUGCCACUUUCAUCAGCCACACGCAGAGAGGAGAAGACUUGAUUCAUUGCUUCACUUUGGUAAUUGUUGUCAAAACGAUUGUAGCAUUUCAGAGUUGUAUGACCGACUCGACCACAAAUUUGGCGCACAGGUCUCUCUCCCUGCGUUGUAGAGCCACUUUGAUGUUGUGGGAACACUCGACCUCUUGUGGUAUAGCCUCCCCUGCCUCGAUUCUGACCAAAAAGUCCACGACCUCUCUGACUUGGAGCAAACUGAGGAGCACAUGGGUUUGUUUUGUAAGUCAUGAACGCUAAGUGUGGUGUGACAGCAUUCAUAUCUUCAUAAGACUGCAAUUUGCUGUCAAAUCCCUGAACCUCAGUGAUAACAUCAUUGAAGGUUGGAGCGGGUAACUUGCUCAAGGAGUUCUGUAUCACUGUUGCGAUAGAGUCAUAUUCACGACCUAAACCAUUUAGGAAACCGAAGAUCUUCAUGGACUCA